UUUGAAAAGCUUCUGUUCCUGUCUUUUGCCCACUCUUUAGUGAGGUUGUUUGAUGUUUCCUUGAUUUGUUUGGGUUCUUUGUAGAUUCUGGUUAUUAGCUCUUUAUUGGAUGUAUAGCUUGUGAAUAAUUUUUCCCAUUCUGUAGGUUGUCUGUUUGCUCUGUUGAUUAUUUUCUUGACUGUGAAGAAUAAAGAUGGCUGGCCAGAGAUACCAGAAUUACCUUUUUAUAUAAUAAUACCUUAUUCUUUGAAGUGACUACGGUUGAUUUAACUUACAAUCCAGAUAGUGGUUUUUAGGGGGCUUCAGGAAGAAAGAACAGAAAGGUCUUGGAUGGAAAUUCCGUGACUUUCAGUCCUUGGUGGGACAUAAGCACACAGAAUUUUAAUCUGCUGCUUCUAGGCCACAUUUGGUGUUCCAUGGAACAAACCCUUUUUGAAACCAAAUGUCUGCUUAGCGGCCAGGGCUCACUCUGGGCCUUCCUUCUUCCUGACCAGUGCUCUGCAAGGUUAGGUCUGCCAUGAAGUGUAGCCUCUGGUUAGACAGGUAAUUAAGUAUUAGGGGAAAAAAGCAGAAAGACUUUGAAGUUACAUAAAACUUGUCAUCUUUUUGGUUUUUUUUUUAAGCUUCUUAGAAAUAUCUUAGCCCUUUUUGUCUCUAAAAUUGUAGGCUUUGCUGAUACACUGUUGGGUAACAGAGUUAGAUGUUCCUGGCACAGAAUGAAUACUUCUUCAAUGAAUGGAGAAAGUACAGCUUAAAUGAUUCAGAGAAGGGGGAAAAAAUCAACAAGAAAAGGGAAAGAGAAUAAACAAUGAACUGUCAGAUGUCCCGAUUGCCAUCAGUGGAAUAAUGACGCACAUUUUCUGAAACCGAAGAGCCCUGUUGCUUUAAAUGGGAGGCAUCAAAGAAGGGAGCUUUGGAGUCAACGUGGGUUCAGAUACUGACUGCCACUUCCAAGUGAUGUGACAACUGGGGAUGGUUGUGGGACCUCAUGUGAAAUUAAAAUGUGGUGCCAUUUGUUCAAAAAGCAAGAAGAAAUUCCCCUUAAAGGUUCAUUCUGCCUCCCACCUGCUUUAGGUCACAAGGUGCUGACCCCAGAGACUUGCCAUGAAACCACACCUGAAGCAAUGGAGACAACGAAUGCUGUUCGGAAUAUUCGCUUGGGGGCUCUUCUUUCUGGUGAUUUUCAUCUACUUCACCGACAGCAACCCUGCUGAGCCUGCGCCCAGCUCCUUCUCCUUCCUGGAGACCAGGAGGCUCCUGCCCGUGCAGGGCAAGCAGCGGGUCAUCAUGGGCGCCAUGCACGAGCCCGCCUCGCCCGGAAGCAUGGACGCAGACCCGGCGCUGCCCGCGGGCCGCCCGGCCGGCCCCUUUCACGUGGGACCUGGUGACCUGCAGCAAUGGGCCCAGGCGCAAGAUGACUUUGAAAAUGAAGACUUUUUUUCCUCCCAGGUGGAGAGAAAAUCUCAGAACGCUUUCUACGCGGAGGACGACGCCUACUUUUUUGCUGCUGGUCAGCCAGGGUGGCACAGCCACACUCAGGGGACACUGGGAUUCUCUUCCCCCGGGGAGCCAGGCCAGAAGCAGCGGGCUCUGCCGGCCGGACAGGUCCAGAGCGUGCGGGUGAAGGACAGGCACCGGAGACAGAGAAGGACCCACGUGUUGGAGGUCGACGACGAGAGCAGGCCCUUCAUGUCCAGGGCCUUGCUGUACCAGCUCUGGAAGGGAAACGUCUCCUCCAAGAUGCUGAGCCCGCGCCUGCAGAAGGCGAUGAAGGCUUACCUGACGGCCAACAAGCACGGGGUGCGCUUCCGCGGGCGGCGGGCGGCGGCGCUGAGCAGGGCGGAGCUGCUGUGCCGGCUGCGGAGCCGCGUGCGCGUGCGCACCCUGGACGGCACCGAGGCGCCCUUCUCCGCUCUCGGCUGGCAGCGGCUGGUGCCCGCCGUGCCCCUGAGCCAGCUGCACCCCCGCGGCCUGCGCAGCUGCGCCGUGGUCAUGUCUGCAGGCGCAAUCCUCAACUCCUCCUUGGGCGAGGAAAUAGAUUCUCAUGAUGCAGUUUUGAGAUUUAACUCUGCUCCUACACGUGGUUAUGAGAAAGAUGUUGGAAAUAAAACCACCAUGCGCAUCAUUAAUUCCCAGAUUCUGACCAACCCCAACCAUCACUUCAUUGACAGUUCAUUGUAUAAAGAUGUCAUUUUGGUGGCCUGGGACCCUGCUCCCUACUCCUCAAAUCUUAACCUGUGGUACAAGAAGCCAGAUUACAACCUGUUCACUCCAUAUAUUCAACAUCGUCAGAAAAACCCAAAUCAGCCAUUUUACAUUCUUCAUCCCAAAUUUAUAUGGCAGCUUUGGGACAUUAUCCAGGAGAACACUAAGGAGAAGAUUCAGCCAAACCCACCAUCUUCUGGUUUCAUUGGAAUCCUCAUCAUGAUGUCCAUGUGCAGAGAGGUGCACGUGUAUGAAUACAUCCCGUCCAUCCGGCAGACUGAGCUUUGCCACUACCAUGAGCUGUACUACGAUGCAGCCUGCACCCUCGGGGCCUACCACCCGCUGCUCUACGAAAAGCUCCUGGUGCAGCGCCUGAACACGGGCUCCCAGGGGGAUCUGCAUCGCAAGGGCAAGGUGGUCCUGCCCGGCUUUCGGGCCGUGCGCUGCCCUGCGCCCAACUCGGCUGGUCCACACUCUUAAAAACGGUCUCUUGGGAAGCAAUGUGCAAUAACGUACUACUGUUGUACUUCAAAGUCACAAAGGAAUACUUGAAGAUAGAUUUUUAGACAAUGUAGUUUUGAGUCUUUAAACUAUAAUACAGUGGUGGUCGUAAGAAUUCUUCUCUUUCUAAGCCAUCGAGUAUUUAUUACUGCUUUGAAUAUAGAAAUGGAAUUAAAAAAUGAAGCUCAAGAAAGAUGCAAAAAAAAGAUAGCUAGAAAGAAAAAUGUACAACCAUGGGUAUGAUACCUCCAAAAAUGUCAGCCUUUUCUUAUGCCAGGGGUACCCUUCAUCAGGGUGGUUUCAAGGACAGGUUUGGGUGAUACUCCUGAUCAUGUGAAAUGCUUUCUAUCUAGAAACAUCCAAAUUGAGGUACAGUAUCUACAGCACCUAGUGUAUCACUGAUACAUAUAUCAGUCAUUAAACAUCUUAGAUUGUAUGAAGAACAUUUGACUUAUCACACAGAUGUGUUUAUUUUAACAGCAGAAAUCCCCACCGUAUCCUAUCAGAUGCACGUGUUUCCAGUCAUUGCAUUCCUCAUCUCCGCUUCCUAUGGUCUAGUGAAUGCUUUGCUCUCUGUGUAUCAAGACAGAUUUCAGAUUUCUAAACCCAUAAAACAUCCAUCUUGAGGGGUCCAAGAAAAAGUAAGAUCCCUUAUAACACCCCAGAGGAGACCCUUUGUUUCCCUGCAAUAUCCCAUAACUCACCCAGGAGCAUAAGUGUCACACAGAUGGAAUACCGGACCCUGGUGCAACAGGGUGGCCCACGUGCUACCUGACUCCAGCUCUUCUGCUUUGUACCUCCUUACCUGCAGGUCUGCCCCACAGCUCUUGCUGUGACCACACACAACAAUUGGUACAGCCCUGCGGGAGAAGGCAGGGGACACCUUGCUCCUAUUAAACUAGAAGUAAGGACUUCAGAGCCAUUGCCCUGUGCUGCUGGGGAUGAACACCUGUCCCUUUUAUAUUAUAUGGAUUUCUUGCAGGUUUUUAUCACCUAUUGGGAACUCAACAGUGAUGUGCACUGAAUUUUCACUAACUCUUCCUACAAACAUUUGGGAAUCCAAUCCUUGUUUUCACAGAUAUGUUUUAUGUCAGCAGCAUGAAACAAAGCCAUAUAAUUAAAUACGUUGUGUGAAAGCAUUGCUCUUUAACGACAAGGAAAAUAUGUAUAUGCUUCAGAGGAAAAGGCAGCUAGAGGGAAAUUUUCAUCCCAAUACAUUAGCUAAAUUCAGAUUUCUUAAAUCUUAACUUCCAUCACUGAUACACUGAAAUUUUUUUGGCUAUGAAAAUAGGGAAACAGAAACAUUUGUAACACCUUAAUUAAACAUUUUAUUCUUUCAAUAUAUAACCAAAAUGUAUCUUAGUGGUAUAGUGAAGACUUGUUGACAAUGACAGUAGCAGCUUAAUUAAAUGUAUUGUCUUGCAAUGAAUGUCAGGAGGGUUUAGUGGAAAAGUCUUAUUUGUUUCAGGAUUAUUUUUUUUUUCCAGCAUGUUCUCAGCACCAUUUUCUUGAGCAAGAAUGGUUUACAGAGACUGGAAGCUUCUGUUUGGUUAGUCUACUCAACAGAAAUCAGGUGGAUAACAGACGUCUCUUAUGGCUUAUUAUAAUAGUGAAGCAGGAGUAAUUGAUCAGUUUUCAUCAUGACAAUAUCCAAUAAAAGCCCACUGUGAGAGUUUCACUAUUAAGUCUGCAAGAUGGGAUAGAUAACUUUGUCCUGUGCAUUAACUUAUGCCUGAGUAAACAUGGUCAUGUUUCUUUCCAGUUUCUUUAAAGAGCUUGGUCUUGUCCACACAUUCACAUGUGCAUGGUAAGUUCAUUAACUCUGGAGCACAGAUGAGGCAGCUCUGAGGUGGGAUUACUAUUCCUCCUGCACUCUCUGGAUCUUUCUGGAUCUUCCAGGCUUUGCCUUUAAAUGCCCCCAAUUAUUAAAGGUCCUUUUGUUGUCUUCCAAGUAGAUUUGUGUGCAGGCAUCCUUAUUAGCCAGUUCAGUCCCCUUUGGUGACAUGAGAACUUGACUAGGGAAUCAUUUAUUGGGGUCAAUGUAAAUGUUCAAAUUCAAAACACUUCAAAGAUUUUUAAAUGGCAUUUUGUUGUAACACAUGUACUUUUAAAAGGGUACUUUCAGUUUCACUGAAGUUAUAAGAAAGACUGAAGAACAUAAAGGAAAUUUAAUUAAAAUUUUUAAAUUUAUUAUGGCCUUAAAGACUCUUGGGAAUCAGGGUCUGUUAAACAUUUAGAAAAUGUGGUACACAUAUUAAUAUGGUGUUGGCUAGGCAUUCUUUUAUUUAAAAGUUUAAAUUGUUUAGCUUCUAAAAAAAAUGUUAGGCAGUUAUAGUUAAUGUGGUGACUGCUUCUAGUAUUAGCCAAAUGGGUCCUAAGUGGCAGCAUUUUGCCAGACAUUGAUUAAAUCCUUACAUGCAACAUUUACUGAACUCCAAUAAACCCACAGCCCUUCUGUGGAGUAGUUAACGAUAAAUGGCACCCCACUGAAUUUCUCCUGGGCUCUGUCCCUUCCAGAGUCCUCCAUCCUCUUUUGUGAAGGGAAGCUGACACAGUCCUCAUGGUGCAAUCUGAAGCCAUCAGGCAUGCCUUUGUUCACGCUCAGGACUAACAAACAUCACAUGACUUUGCAUUUCAAGAUAAUUCCACUCUGCCUUUUGUUGUUGUUGUUAUUGUUAUCACGAGGAAACAAAUGUUGACCAAGAAAGACCAUUCCACGACAUCUAGAUUCUCCCUGACUUGAUUCUCUAGCCUGUCUGGCCAGGCAGGUGCAUAACCUCUAACGAGCAUGGCAUUCCAUGGAAUACAGGUGCCGGUCCCGGGCAGCUGACCUUCCCCCACUCCAUCCUUGCUGGGUUGCUUUUAUAGAGAACUUUGUGCUCUGGAUGAAUAGGUGCUCAAUUAAAAGUUAUAUCAGAGGAAUACAUUAAGAUGGGUGAGGGAAGGGCUGUUACAUAUCUUAGGAUUCCUUGGUCUUUCCUCCUCUGCCUGGAUGCAGAGCCCAGAGAGCCCUGCUUCAGGGACAGAAUUUCUCACGUGUCUCAUCCCCUCAAUCUCUCAGCCAGAAACUUAAUCAGUCCUGGAUUUUCCAGUAGUCCUCGGCCAUUGCAAACAUAGCAUCUGGAUGAAAGCAAUGCUCAAAUAAUUGUUAGGGUUUUCAAAAUUGGGAAAUCAAAGUCACUGGGUCACUGUCUGUCUUACAUGCUUAUGAGCCAGUUCAUUCUGUUGGAACAGAUUACACCUUGUGGUGUUGGCUGACCCUUCUGAGCAGGAACACUUGGAUCUACUGAAUUAAUUAGGUCCUCUUUGGGUGUGUUAAGUGGGAUCAGUCUCAGAUGAGUAAUGGCAUGUGAUGGAAAAAUUUUGUACUCACAGCUGACAUGAUUGAAGUCCUCUCUCCAGCUUUUCUUACAGAUCAAUGCACCUUGCAUGUGGUCAAAGGUGCCUGGUCCCAUUUCUGCUUAGCUAUGGGAAGAGACAGAAAAAAGGUGUGGGGUGGGACCAGGGGAAUUAACAGACAGACUUAAGUGAAUAUACAGGCCAAAUAGCCUUGGAAUAUAUUCUAUCAUAUUGUCUGUUUUGACUUAUGAUUUUCCGAUAGUUUAGAACUCUUACCCAGUGGUUCCAUGACUAAUCAAGGCAGCUCCAUUUAGAAAUUAAUUACUUAGGUAAAAGGUGCCUGAGUUUAAACUUGUCUUUUAUACUCUGGAUAUUUUCAUUGUGAGAUUAUUAUGCAUGUUUCUGUCACUUGGGCUUUAUUUACAUACUUGGUAAAUGAAAGGUAUUUCUCUGUCAGUUCAAGGAAAUAGAAUUUAAAUUCUUGUUUUAAUAAAUGAAUAAAGCCUUUUAGUAAGAAAAACAAUAAUCCAAUUCCUAUUCAAGCUUGGGGUAAUGACAUUCAAAGAACUAAAGACAUUGAUCUAGUUCUUACUCUUAGUAUAAAAAGUGUACAUGUAGAUAUAUAAUUGUAUAUAUCCUUAUCUGCACACAUGGUUGAUUUUAUAUUGCUUUUUCUCAUCAAUCUUUUUGGAUGAAACCUUUACACUGAAUUUUAUUUUAAUGAUGUGAACACUAUCUUUUUAAGAGAAGGAAGCAAAUGUUAUAUGUCCUUCUGUUAAAAAAAAAAUUAGUCCUCUAACCCCUUCCCCCACAUACACUCACACUAGCACAUCUUGGCUACAUUAAGAAAGGUCUGACAGAAAUAUUUAAAAGGCACUAUGAAGGUAGAACACUACCUUCAUAUUAUCCUAGUCAGAAGCCUGAUUUAAUGCUGAACUUUGAAGAGAAGUUUAUCUAUAGCUCAUGGCUUUAAAAGAUUAGGAGAAGAAACAUUUAUUGGUUCUGUGGAAAAUCAUCUUCUUACUAGGUAGGUUUCAAACUAAGGAAACUGCAUUGGUAGUGUUAAAAUCUAACAUUUAUAGUAUAUAUCCUUGUUUUACUCUAGGUGAAAUACUUAGGAAAUUCUUCCAGUGGAAACCAGUGAACUUUUCUAACAGCUUUGAGAAUUUUUUUGUAUAAUAAUUUUUAAAAUGAAAUGUGUACUCUUCCAACUAAUUAAGGCUUGAGGUUUUGCAGGAGUCACAUUUAAAAAGUGUUUGUAUACAUUUUAACACUUCGAUAUUUUCUAUUUUGGUUUUGUAUAUUUUUAUGUAUACACAAUGUACAGACUUUUCUCUUGUAAAUAAAACAUGUUUUCAUUUGUCUAGAA